AUUAAAAAUAUGCUCCAGAUUUGUCUUAGAAAGAUGUUUCUACUUUGGUUAGUCUUCCUGGGAAGAAUGGCUGCUCAACAAUGUACUGCUGAGCAAGAGGCCGCAGGGACUAAGUCCAGACUUGCUGUUUUUUAAUGAAACUGUGAAUAGUCAGCAUCUUUAUAUCCCGUUUGCAGAGCCUGUGAACCGCCAAGAUCCUAACUCUGAUGUUAUGAUAAUGCAAUAUAACCCGAAUCGAGAUGAAGUUUAUAUCAAAAGAAUGGAUAAUAGUGCCACAACUCAGCUUUGCUCUACCACUAUAAACUUUUGGAACCUCAGAGUUUAUGAUGAAUCUCUUAUAUUCAACGACACUCUAUUUGUUGUGCAGAACUACAACACAGCCAAUGCGAGCAGAAGAGGUGUCCUCAGGAAAUUCUCUGUAGAUAACUGCACUGAGAUCGACCAUGUGCGUGUUCCUACAUAUUAUGGCUAUGUCAGAGAACUGACCUUCUUCGAUGAUAAUGGAGACUUCCGAAUUCUUCUGACUCAAAGCAACACUAACAGGUUCUUAAUUCUUCUGGUCUACGACUUUGAUUUAAAUCUGUUGUAUUCAAAGGAGACCAACUUGGUAACAGAGGCAUUGUGGCUGCAUGCAGACUACGACACAGGACCUCUGGCAACCAAGUGGUGAGCCCAGGCUUCAGUUCCAUGUGAAAACACCAACUUGCUUAUUUUGUUUGCAGGCUCGUCUAAAGUGAAUCUUUUGAAAGUUUCAGUGACACUCUAAAUAUUGCUCAUUGGAAUUUGGAGUUUGACAAUUCAGAGACGAUUCCUUCGUGAAUUAUGGUUGAUAGGGAUACUAACAAGGUGUAUGUUGUCAACAUAUAUCAUAAUACUUCAAAUACAGUGAAGAAAACUUUCCUGUAUAAGAUCGCCAAUGAAGAUGGGACUUCAGAAACCUCCUACAUGAUAAAUGGAAUUGGCACAUCAGACUCACCUCCAAGAUUGAGGCUCUAUGACGGGAAGCUCAUGCUGAUCACUUCGGAUGGUGAGAUCUUCUACAUAAGGAAGGAUACUCUAUCCAUCAUUUCUCAAUACAGUAUCAGUUCUUCGGAGAAUGACUUCAGAAUGAGGUUUGAACACAUAGUAGGCGACUACAUGUAUGCUGGAGGGACUUAUAGGGACUCUUCAAGCAUUUCUUUUGGUGUUUAUUAUAAAACGAGGCUUCCUUAUUUCAACGAUAUUGAAGAAUCUGUUCUGAAUUUCGUUGUUUCCACGGCUUCGUGGUCAAUAUCUAACAUAACAAGCUUACCAACUUUCAUCACACCAAUCACGCUAUCUGCUUACACUGUGAGUUCAGGAACUGAAGCUCUUGUGGAUCUAGGAGCAAGUUUUAUAGUUGCCAAAAUUGGAAUAAGCGUCGCUCAGAAGUACUACUUCUUUCCUCAGACGGACUUAUUCUACUGCCUCCAAGGUGAAGAGUGAUCCUUCAACUUGAGUCCACAAGCCUGCGUGGUUGGAGCCUCUUCUACAUUGACAUACAGGCUGUUAGACAAUGAGACCAGAGUCGAACAAAUUUCAGGAAUUUACGCGAAUGCUUCUGUAAGCUCUUCUGGGAUUGUGGGCGUUACAGGGAUCCAACAAGGUAACCAAACUCACGAGUAUGAUGUGAUUGCUCCUGAUGGCCAAAACUUAAUUAGAAGUUCACUCCAAUUGGUUAUCAGAAAUUGAUCACUUAUCCAAAACUGUGAACAAUGCCAAAUUGAUUCGUUAGGCAAUGUUCAGUGAACACAAUGAGCAUACCCAGAGUACGAGCUUGAUUCCGAGCAAAAUUCGUGUAUAGUCAGACAGAUUUCAUCGUUCAGCGAUACCUCAACUAAGGUAGUGCAAGGAGCUGUCGGAGCCCAACUUGCGGCAGUGACAGUAUUAUCUAUGGUAGGCAAUCAAGCCAAUACUCAAGUGGUCUGGAAAAUUGUGAAUCACUUCCAGAACUUGAUGCUGCUUAUCUGUCUGCAAGUGAUGAUUCCAUACAAAUACACGCAGACACUUGUCGGUUUCCAGGUGAUGAUGUUCGACUUCAGGCCUCUGGUGCCGCUCUUAGAUGAGUACUUUGAAUAUUUAAAGAAGUGGUUCGGUAGCGAAAACAAAGUGCUGAAGCAGUUCAACGACACAGGCUUUGACUACUUCAGCGUGUUCAUAAACUACAACACCACAUUUCUGUUCGCUAUGUUGGGUGUGCUAUUUCACAUGGUAUCAACACCCAUCUACAAUCACACUGAUAAAAGAAUGCUGAAAUGAUCGACUUCUUGAGUUGUCAGGAUUUAUGAAGGGUUGACAUUUGGCUUCUACAUCAGAGUUAUAUUUGAGAUGGCCUUAUUCAUGAUUCUCAACUCAGUGCUCGAGACAAUUGGUCUAUACCACAAAAUUAAAGACGGAAAGCCCUUCGGAGGAUGGGUAGCUUCCAACGUGUUUGCAAUCUUAUCGAUCAUAUUUUAUGUGGCGUUUACCAUUAUCAUUUACAUCAAGUUAAAAACUUCAAGAAGAAAAGUUGCUGACAAGGAUUCAGCAGCAAUAUCAAAUUUUGAGCUCAACGAGAUGAACAUUGUAAGUAGGAGACUGAAUUUUAAUAAAUUUGGAGAAUUAAGAAGUGGUCUCAAGAUCUAUCACUCGCAUCACCUCUUAUCCAAACUUGCUUAUUAUUACCAACUCAUUUUCAUGCUUCGAAGAUUCAUGAUGGUUGGAGUGAUUGCAGCCUUUAUUGGAUACCGAAGCCAAACAGCUACUUACGUGCAAGAAAGCAUCUUGUUGGUGAUGCAGCUUGUCUUUCUAGGAUAUAUCAUACCUGCUAGGCCUUUUAAGCAGACAGAAAACAAUGUGAUUGAGGUUCUCAACGAAUUUGUGUUUCUAUUUCUGAUAAUAUGCACGUUUGCACUUCCAUCAGACAGCAGUGGGCCUAAAGACUUCGUGAUGAAGUACGACAUGAAGGAAGAAGUCAUGACCACCACUGUGAUUGCUUCAGCCUUGGUAGUGUCAUUGAUCAGCAUUUCCUGGAUGGUAGCUGUUAAAAUCAAAGAAGUAUUCAAUAGAUGUAAAACUAAGCGGAAGACUUUGUACGUCCCUAGCUCUUGCCAAGGUAUAAGCAAGUAUCUUCCAAGAAACCAAGUUCUUGCUAAUGAAGGCAUGGUUAGGAACCGGACCAAUACUAAUGAAAAGAACAGUGAGUCUCAUCUGUCGAAACUCCCAAUGAAAAGGUAAGAAUGUUGCGCUCAAAAUUGAAAGAAAUAAUAU